AAGGCAUUGUGGUCUAGAUCCGCCCACUCGUACAGAUUUUGAAGUGUUUCUUGUCUUGUCAUUCAAGGAUUUAAAACCCGUUUUACAUGGUGUUUAGUGGUUACGUGUCAUAUAGAUCCAUGGUCAGUUCUAGGUGUUUCUUGACGCUUUGAAGAAACAAGUUGGCAAAGGAUUUAUUAACUUUUUGAGCACCACUAUAACCUCAAUCUCCCAGGACUUGAUGCUCUCGGCCAUCCUGAUCUCUUUAACCCAUUGAUGACCCCAUCUCGUACUGGGCCAAGAUGAAAGCUCUGAUCCUAGUUGGUGGCUAUGGGACUAGACUCAGACCUUUAACCCUCAGUGUCCCUAAACCACUGGUGGAGUUUGCUAACAAACCCAUCCUUCUGCAUCAAGUUGAAGCCCUAGUCAAGGCUGGAGUUAACCAUGUGAUCCUGGCUGUCAGUUACAUGUCCGAUCUGUUGGAGCGAGAGAUGAGGGUUCAGGAAGAGAGGCUUGGUAUUAGAAUCUCCCUGUCACAUGAGAAGGAACCGCUUGGAACAGCCGGUCCUCUUGCUCUGGCAAGAGAGCUGCUAACAGACAACGACGAGCCAUUCUUCGUCCUCAACAGUGACGUAAUCUGUGACUUCCCCUUCGAGGACAUGUUAAAGUUCCACAAGCACCACGGCAGAGAGGGAACCAUUGUGGUGACGAAGGUAGAGGAGCCGUCAAAGUAUGGCGUGGUGAUGUACGAGGUAGAGAGCGGACGUAUCCACCGAUUCGUGGAGAAACCCCAGGUGUUCGUCUCCAACAAGAUCAACGCAGGGAUGUAUGUCUUUAGCCCAACCAUGCUCAAGAGGAUCGAGCUCAGGCCCACCUCUAUUGAGAAAGAGAUCUUCCCGUUCAUGGCUGAGGAGAACCAUCUCUACGCAAUGGAGCUACAAGGGUUCUGGAUGGACAUUGGUCAGCCUAAGGACUUCCUGACAGGGAUGUGUAUGUACCUGCAGUCUGUACGACAACACACACCUGACAGACUGAAGACUGGGCCUGGGUUCCUGGGUAACGUACUGGUGGAUCCUACAGCCCAGAUAGGGGAGAACUGCACCAUCGGGCCCAACGUGACCAUCGGGGCGGGGGUGGUGCUGGAGGACGGGGUCAGGAUAAAAAGGUGUACGGUACUGAAGGGGUCAAGGGUCAGGUCACACUCUUGGCUCGAGUCCUGCAUCGUAGGGUGGAGCUCCUCCGUAGGACAGUGGGUGCGUAUGGAGAAUGUGACAGUCCUCGGGGAGGAUGUUAUUGUGAACGAUGAGCUCUACCUCAACGGUGCCAACGUACUUCCUCACAAGUCCAUCACCGACUCCGUGCCUGAACCACGCAUCAUCAUGUAGUUCUAGAACAACAGACAGGCCACCAGGGCUUUAUUAGAACCGGGGCCUCAAGCGCUUGAAGUGCCACAGAGACGGGUUCUAGUAGUACUGGGUACCGGUCCGAUUCUGCUAACAUUCCACUCCUUGUCCUCUGUCAUAUGCUAUAUGUUUAGCACAGAGGAGUGGAAUGAAGGGAGACACAGACUAGUACCCAGGCUAGAGUCUGGGUAGUGGGGGCUUAUAUUUUAAACCAAGGACAACUAGCUAGCUACUGCCUGGUCUAGAAUCAAUUCCUAGCUCCUCCACCCUAGACUCUCUUAAAUAGAUCUGAAACAAUUCCUAGCUCCUCCACCCUAGACUCUCUUAAAUAGAUCUGAAUCAACUCCUAGCUCCUCCACCCUAGACUCUCUUAAAUAGAUCUGAAUCAAUUCCUAGCUCCUCCACCCUAGACUUUCUUAAAUAGAUCUGAAAGUUAGUUGAGGUACAUGCAGUAUGAUAGUAGCAUCACCUUGCCUUCUGGUGGGUUAGGGGGAGUUUUUAAACACGUCUCUUUUGCAAAAUACAUUUUUGUGUUUCAAUGAGGCCAACCUGUAUAAAUAAAGGAUCCAUUUUUGCCAUUUUGCUGACCCCGAUUCAAUCCUCUUAUAUGUAUGUAUAUGAUUCUGGUCUGGCUGUUUUAGGGGUUGAUUCUGGGCUGGUCUGGCUGUUUUAGGGGUUGAUUCUGGGCUGGUCUGGCUGUUUUAGGGGUUGAUUCUGGGCUGGUCUGGCUGUUUUAGGGGUUGAUUCUGGGCUGGCUGUUUUAGGGGUUGAUUCUGGGCUGGGCUGGCUGUUUUAGGGGUUGAUUCUGGGCUGGGCUGGCUGUGUUAGGGGUUGAUUCUGGGCUGGGCUGGCUGUGUUAGGGGUUGAUUCUGGGCUGGCUGUUUUAGGGGUUGAUUCUGGGCUGGCUGUUUUAGGGGUUGAUUUUGGGCUGGGCUGGCUGUUUUAGGGGUUGAUUCUGGGCUGGGCUGGCUGUGUUAGGGGUUGAUUCUGGGCUGGGCUGGCUGUUUUAGGGGUUGAUUCUGGGCUGGGUUGAUUCUGGGUUUGGCUACGUGCCAGUAUGGUGGUAGAAAUGGACAGACAGUCAGCGUCUGAAAUGGCACCCUAUUCCCUAUACAAUGGCCUACUUCUGACCAGGGCCCUAUUCCCUAUUUAGUACACUACAUUUGACUGGGGGCUCUGGUUGACAGUAGUGCACUAAAUAAGGAAUAUGGUGCCAUUUGGGAUGUUUAUGCUCAGAUGCCAACCUCUUCUUCUGCUGCCAGUCUACUGGCUCGACUGUUUAUUUGAUUAGGACCGUCAUUGGUCAAUAGAAUAUAUAUGUUUGUUUUGAUCUUAAGGAAUCUGGUUAAGCCGAUCGUUUUAGACCCAACAGUGUCUGUGAAACUAUCCCCUUUGUGAGCCGUUCCAUUUAAUUUCAUAAUCAAAGGAUACUCUUUUUAAAAGUCCUUCGUAUCUGGUCUCCUGCUUUGUUUCUGACACGUUGAGAAGGAGAGGGGAAAGGAUGUGAGGAAUCAAGGAAGCACUUUUGAGAUUCAUUCAAAGCCUAAACAUAUUAUUGCUUGUCUUUUUAAGAGGAAUUGUUUUGUCAGUGACUGAUCCGAUUGUAUUUUCCCCCAAGACCACUAGAGUACUGAGAUUUAGAGUUAAACGUCCAGAUUGUAAAAUAUACUUCUUUCUCUAAAGGUGAGCGGUAGGUUUGAAUAUUUCCGUUUAACUUUCCCCAAAUUUGCCGGUUUUCCUGAAAUCCUUGUUUGGAAUAUUCCUGGAAUUACAAGGGAAUAACCAGGACAUCCAGACAGGAUUUUGAAAAAACGGGGAAUUUUGCAAAAGUUACCGGAAUUUUGCAACUAGUUUGAUGUAAAGAUUGUUCUUUAAUGUAUCCCAUGUCUAACCGAUUGUGAUGUGUCAAUCACCAUGGAAACUAUCAGUGGACCUGUCAAUCAAUCAAACAGUAACUACUGAUGAUGUCACUGAUGUCCAAAUGAAGUGGACUCCUUUUUAAUAAAGUAGUUUUAUCAUAUUAAUAUAAUGAAUUAAUUGAAUAACUUUGUUUUUUUUCUUCCCUCAUUUUUCUAUCAUAUAAUUGUCUAAUGUAUGUAAUAUUGUUUGAGAUUUAUUGAUGAACAAUAUCAAUAAACGUGAGAAGCGUUUCUCAAUCACAUCUCUACCUUA